ACAGAUCAUUGGAACUAUGCCGCGUAACCGCUUCCAAGACAUCAUGCAACACCUACGCUUUGAUGACAGGUCCACCCGCAGUGAUCGAGCAAAGACUGAUAAGUUCGCUGCAAUUUCCAGUGUGUGGGGAUCAUUUGUCACCAACUGCAUCGCGUGCUACAACCCUGGUCUACAUAUCACCGUUGAUGAACAGCUCUUCCCAUCAAAGACUCGGUGCUGUUUCCUGCAGUAUAUUGCAAGUAAACCUGACAAGUUUGGGAUCAAGUUUUGGGUGGCCUGCGACCUAAAAUCCAAGUACAUUUGCAAUGUCCUCCCAUAUCUUGGCAAGGACCCCAAUCGUCCCAGUGGGCAGAGACUGUCUGAAAAUGUAGUGAUGAGGCUGAUGGAACCAUUCCUAGACAAGGGCAGAAAUGUUACCACGGACAAUUUCUUCACAUCGCUUUCACUUGCGCAAAAACUUCUUAGAUGGAAAACCACCAUCCUCGGCACAGUCAACAAGAUUCGCUGGGAAAUUCCUCAAUCCGCUAGAUACAGAGAUCGCAAUGAAUUCACCACUCAGGUGUUUUCAACCUCUGCUGCCACGCUGACGGCGUAUGCAGCCAAACGGAAGAAGACAGUCUAUAUUCUUAGCAGCAUGCACAGCGUGGUUCAGACUGAUAACAUCACCAAAAGGAAGCCAAACACUGUCACCCUUUACAACACCACAAAGUGUGGCGUGGAUGUGAUGGACCAGAUGGUGCGGGAGUACACGGUCCGCAGAGGAACACGGCGCUGGCCAGUUGCCGUGUUCUAUAACAUGAUUGACAUGGCAGCACUGAAUGCACAUGUGCUGUAUCAAGCAUGCACCGGGACGCAGGAAAGACGGGUGGACUUCCUGGUGGAGCUUGCAAGAGAGUUGGCUAACUCUCAUAUGGCUGGGAAGAAGGUCAUCUGGAUCCCAGCGUCGUGGACCACGACCGGCCUGGAUGCGAAUUUACGCCCAGGACUCUCACCUCUACCUGGAGAGGGCUGUCAACAGACUUCGGUGCUGGUUUACCCACGACAACCUCUCAAGCUCCGACUGCAGAUUUGCUGGGCAGUGUUGGUGCACAACAUGUUCAGAUGUCUGAGAAGUGUUCAGUCAGACUGGGCUUUGGUUCGGCCAUUUGAGGACAUUGUCUUUGUUAUGUUGGCUGUGUUCUUCACCAUCACCCCAGUCCCAGGUUCAGAGCACUGA